AUGAGUACAGACUAAUCAUCUAAUUCAUCAAUUUAGAAAGGCAAAUCGCUAUCUUCAAUUGAUACAACCAGAUCUAAAUAGACAUAAGAAUUAGGAAUCCAUUAACUCUUAUAAAAUGCAUUCUAAGAUAUGGGUAAAAAAGUUUUUAUCUAAUUUAGAUGAUGAAAAUACAGAUAUGAAAACAUUACUUCCUAUUUCCAUAUUAUUAGAAGAGAUGAAAAGUGAUCAUUCAAGCACAAGAACUUACUGUUUGCAAAACCUUUCAACUAUUGCUUUAGUAUUGGGUCCUGCAAGAGCAAAAGGCUUAUUAGGCGGAUUUAUUUCAAAUUUACUUAAGGAUCAAGAAAAGGCUGGUUAAGAUAUUAAGUUGUAUUUUAGUUGAGGAUGUUCCUGAAGAAUUAUAAGUUAUGCUUACAUUACUAGAAUCUAUGCCAAAAUUAAUAAAUUUAAUCGGAGGUCCUGAGAAUAGUUUAAUUUUAUUGAAACCAUUACUUGAAACCAUUGGUGAUAGAACAAAGGAUGAAACUAAAACUAUGUAUAUCAAAAUUAUGAGAGACAUUGGGAAGAGAUUAGUGAAAUAAUAACAUUUAUUUGAAGAAUGUGUGACUUAGAGAAUAAUUGAAGCUAAAGAUGGCGAUUUAGAUGAAUAAUGUGCAGCAGUCACAUUAAUUGCAAAUCUUUAUAAUCUAGUUUCUGAGUAAGUAUUAUAAGAAUGGAUGGAGUAUUUUAAAAAUUUAAUGUUAAGUAAUGAGUAAAAUGUGAGAAAAAGAGUAGUACUAAGCAUAAAAGAAUUUGCUUAAUGGGCAAGUAAUCCAGAAGAGCAGAAAUUUUGUAUUGAAUUAGCUGAUAAUGUUUUUACAAAUGGAAAGGAUUUUAAAUCAAAUCUAUUCUAUAGUGUUCCUUCUUUAAUUAAAUUUCAAGGUUAUCAUGAAUAUUUGAAUAAAUUAUUCAAAAUGGAUAAUAUUAAUGCAUACAACUGCUUUUUAGAAAUUUGCAUUGAAUCUCUAUAAGUAUUAUAAAAUACUGCUGACAGUAAAUUAUUUAUUGAAAAUUUCAUUAAAUUGUUUUCCAAAACCGAAUUAGAGUUGAAAUAAAAAUUAUCAAUAUAUUGUGGAAAAUUAGUAGUUUUUAUCAAAGAAUCAAAAACAAUCUAUAAAGGGGUAAUUUUAUUAUAUAAUAAUCUUAGCAUCUUGGAUAAAUUUAGUAAUAUAUGACUUUAUUAGAGUAAGAAAAGAAUUUUAUGAUAAAAUAGAAUUUAGUAGAGUCGGUUAUUUUAAUUUUGAAUCAAGCAACAGAUAGAAGAAUUUAUUAUUAAUAAGAGGAAAUCUAAUAUUUCUUAAGAUUUUUAAUGAAUUAAUUAAUGAGUGGAGACACUGAUCUUAAAUUUAAAUUUGUUUCUAAAUAAAAAUCUUUUAACAUAGUUUUAUAAUUCAUUUCAGACAAUGCUUUUUAGUAAGCUGAAUCAUAACAGAUAGUUAAAAAUUUACUUCAAGUUAUAAUUAAUAUAGAACAAUGCAAGAAUUGGAGAAUGAGACAAUAAUGUUUGAUAUCAUUGUAGAUGGUAUUUAUUUAACAUAUAAUAGUUCUUAACUAAUUUAUAAUAAUUUUAAUUAUUCAAGACUUUUUAGUCUGAUGACUUAGAAAUUUAAUUAAUUAAAAGGCUAUUAUAAGAUAGAAUUUCUGCAGUACGUGAGGAAGCUAGUAAAGUAAGAAUUAUAUUAAAAAAUGCAGACACUUUUUCAGUUGUUUAGACAACUUAGAGAAAAUAAUUUGAUUGAAAAGGGUAAAAGAGUCAUAGAUUAAUUAAGUGAAUUACUAAAACAUGCAAAUUAUUUAGUUAGAGUUAAUUUUGUCUUAGGAUUGGGAAAUGCUUUCUUUUUGGGAGAAUAUACAUAUAAUGUAUUAAGGUAAUUAAAAAAUGAAGUGCCUAAUGUAAAAUUGGCUUUGUUAGAAAUCUUGCUUAAUAAUAAGAAAUGCAAACAGUUAGAUUUAAUCCCAAUAAAUGAUUCGGAUUAGGAUGUUAGAGAUGUUGCAUAAAUUAUAUAUUUAUAAUUCAAAUGAUCAAUUCUGGAC